AAUAAAACGUCAUUUAGAAAUUUUCAAAAUAUGAAAACUACAGGAGAUGAUUCGAGAAGAAACAUUUACAUAUCUGCAGAAAAAAGAUACAGAAGGCUCUCUGGAUUAGUCCAUACAAGUUUACAAACUGACAAUAACUCUGAGUUUAUGAAAGAUGGCAUUGAAACGUCGGUAGAGUUUGGUAAAAUUGAUAAAAUAGAAUCAAAUACAAAGUGUUUAGAAGAAAACUGUUACAAAUUUACGUCCGAAUUAAUUGACACUAGUUUAAAGCCAAGAAGACAAUCCAGAAGACUAUACGGUCGAUGUAAAUGUUCAACGAAUGCUAAUUCCGUUCAAGUUCAAAAUGAAUCCAAUGAAGAUACUUCUGAUGAAUUAGCCAAUGACACGCUAAGGGAAGAUAAAAUAAAUUCGUCUAAUAUUGAUGAAAAUUCCACUCAAUUGUCUGAUGAUUAUCUAAAAGAAAACAUUAGUAAUCCUUCUAAAAGACGACCCUGGAGACUAUCUGGACAAUUUAAGUGUUUAACGAAUGCUAGUUCCGUUCAAGUUCUAAAUGAAUCCAAUGAAGAUACUUCUGAUGAAUUAGCCAAUGAUACUCUAAGGGAAGACAAAAUAAAUUCCCCUAAUAUUGAUGAAAAUUCCACUCAAUUGGCUGCUGACUCUCUGAAAGAAAACAUUAGAAAUUCUUCUAAAAAAACAUCCAGGAGUGUAUCUGGUCGAUUUAAAUAUUUAACUAAUUCUAGUUCCGUUCUAGUUCUAAAUGAGCCCAAUGAAGAUACUUCUAAUGAAUUAACUAAUAAUAUUCUAAGGGAAGACACAAUAAAUUCCCCUAAUAAUGAUGAAAAUUCCACUCUAUUGGCUGCUGACUCUCUAAAAGAAAGCAUUAGUAAUUCUUCUAAAAGACGAUCAAGGAGACUAUCUGAUCGAUUUAACUGUUUAAUGAAUGGUAGUUCCGUUCAAGUUCUAAACGAAUCCAAUAAAGAUACUUCUAAUGAAUUAGCUAAUGAUAUUCUAAGGGAAGACAAAAUAAAUUCACAUAAUAUUGAUGAAAAUUCUACUCAAUUCGCUGAUGACUCACUGAAAGAAAACAUUAGUAAUUCUCCAAUACCCAAAAGAAAUUUAAAAAAGAGACGAAAGAAGGAAUUAAGUGAAAAAGAAAUAAUUAAGUAUUACUUGGAUAAAACUUUUAAAAAACGAUUCAACUCUCUUGAAACGAUUUUUGAAGCCCCCGCUAAACAGAGUAUGAGUGUGAGAAAGUACAAGAGAUUUUUAACAUUUGAUAACAGUCAGUCUAAAAUAAACAAACGACAUAGCAAAGUAUUGAAACGUAAAGUUUGUAGUAAAUCUGGUAAAAAAACCUUAAACUAGUAGAGAGUUGAUGCAUUAAUAUUUUCCUCUGUGUGCUGUUAUUAGUUUAUAAUUAUUAAUAAAUAUUCGAGUAAUUUUUGGUGACAAAACAU